UUUUGCCCGGACAAGUUUUGAUCUUUGAUUCCCUGAGCAUAAUAUUAUAUUUGCUUUGCAUUGCAUUGCCCGGUUGCCCCAUACCCUUUAUAUUAGUUACCCACCUCUCUUUUUCUCUCUCCCUUCUUUUUUUUUUCCGAGAAAAUUCUCCCCCACUCUUCAAGCAAAGAAGCUUUCACCUCUUUUUUUUUUUUUAUUCUGAAAGACUCAACCUUUCUUGUUUUUGGAGUCUCUGGGGACAUUGAGAUCUGUUUCAAAGCAAUGGGUUUUUAUGAAGAAACUUGCACGAACUCCAGGACUGCAAAAAAUGGCUUGAUUACUCUCUAUGCUGCUGCCUCUACUUCAUCUGCAGAUCACCAUAUCGAUUGCAAUGAGGUAAAAAUCAAAACUUUUUUAACAAGAAUGAUUUGGGAUUUUGGUCUUGGGUGUUUUCUUCCUGGUUGUCAGAGGCAGAAAAACAAUGGUGAAAAGAAAGGAAGCAAUUUGGAGCAUAACAAGGCUUGGUUGCUGGCUGAGUCGGGUGGAGGAGCUGAGUUGACUAGUACCGAUCCACAAUCAGUUCACUCAUCUUUCAGGUUUAGUUUUUGUUCUCAAGUUGAACUAGAAGCCAUGGCUGCCAAUUCUUUGAGCUCAGCUACUGUUUUGAUGGUGAAUUUGGAUAAUGGGGUUAGUGAUGAUAGAGCUAAAGAAUUGAAAUGGAGAAGGAUUGAGUCAUUGGAAAGAAGCAUUUCACCUGUGACAAAGUCUCUGGUUAGAUUCAACUAUGGUGAAAUUGUUUCAGCUACUAGAAAUUUUUCCAAAGACAGAGUUUUGGGAAGAGGAGCAUUGAGCUUUGUUUUCAGAGGCAGAGUUGGACUGUUGAAGACAACUGUGGCUAUUAAGAGGUUGGAUAAAGAAGAUAAGGAAUCUGCUAAGGCCUUUUGCAGAGAACUGAUGAUUGCUAGCUCUUUGCAUCACCCUAAUAUUGUCCCUCUUUUAGGGUUUUGCAUUGAUCCUGAAGAAGGCUUGUUUUUGGUGUAUAAAUUUGUCUCUGGUGGAAGCUUGGAACGCCAUCUCCAUGAUAAGAAGAAGGGAGUAAAAGGGCGACCUUCAACUCUUCCAUGGUCUGUUAGGUAUAAGGUUGCCGUAGGAAUUGCAGAGGCCGUUGCAUAUCUACACAACGGAACCGAAAGAUGUGUUGUUCAUAGAGACAUCAAGCCCUCCAACAUUCUUCUUUCUUCCAAGAAAAUCCCAAAGUUGUGUGAUUUUGGAUUAGCAACUUGGACAUCCGCACCUUCAAUUCCAUUCCUUUGCAAAACUGUUAAAGGAACAUUUGGGUACUUGGCACCCGAGUAUUUCCAACAUGGGAAAGUGUCUGAUAAAACCGAUGUUUAUGCUUUUGGGGUAGUCUUGUUGGAGUUGAUAACCGGACGGAAACCAAUCGAGGCAAGACGGCCUCCAGGAGAAGAGAACUUGGUCCUGUGGGCAAAACCUCUCUUGCACAGAGGAAUGGCAGCUGUUGAAGAAUUACUUGACCCUAGACUCAAAUGUACGUUGAAAAAUUUGACUCAAAUAGCGCGAACAAUUCAAGCUGCAGCAGCCUGCAUAAGCACUGAAGAAUCACGAAGACCAAGCAUCGACGAAAUUAUCUCGAUAUUGAGAGGUGAAGAAGAACCGUUUUAUUCGUUUAGGAAGAAGUCCAAUUUCUCUGGGAUUGUUGAUUGUUAUUCUCAAUUGCAACAUUCGAAAAGUGAGAUGAAGAGUCACUUAGCCUUGGCAAUGAUAGGUGUUUCCGAGUUUGAAGACGAUGAUCAACUCUAUUGUCGAUGAAAGUUUGUCCAUCGUUUUUUUUUAUCUACCGGAUUUUUCACCCCCACCCUUUGCUUGCUUGACCAUAAAGUUUUAGGCACUGGAACAUGAAAAAGAAGUGUAAAUAGGAAAAGGAGGGGUCUGAUGAAAGCUGGGUGCAUGUGCAUACCAUAAUUCAUGCCCUCUCUACUCAUCAAAAACUACUGAUUUCCAUUUUGAAUGUGUUUGUCCAACUCUAUUUAUUGGUGUUA